GGGACUCUCCGCCGCGGCUCUGAGUGCCUCGUCCCCCCGCAGCGGCUCCGGCUCCCCCCGGCUGCGGCGAGUCUCCCCGGCGGGGCCCCCCGGUCCGCGGGGCCGCCGCUGGCGAUGACCGGAGAGAAGCUGCGCUCGCUGCGCAGGGACCACAAGCCCAGCAAGGAGGACGGGGACCUGCUGGAGCCUGGCGAAGAGGAGGCGGCGCCCGCGCCCGGAGGCGUCUUCACGGGGGGUCGUGGGGGCAGCGGCAAGGGCGGCCGCGCCGGGGGCCACCGCAUCUUCAGCAACCACCACCACCGGCUACAGCUGAAAGGGGCCCCGGCGGCCCCGGCCCCCGCCACCCCGGGGGCAGUCAGCCCCGCCGCGGAGGCCGACAAGUGCCCGGGGCACUUCCCGGUGCACGAGUGUGUCUUCAAGGGGGACGUGAGGCGGCUCUCGGCACUGAUCCGCACGCAGGGCAUUGGCCAGAAGGACAGUCACGGAAACACUCCGUUACAUCUUGCUGUGAUGUUGGGACAUAAAGAAUGUGCACACUUGCUUUUGGCCCACAAUGCUCCAGUAAAGGUGAAAAAUGCUCAGGGAUGGAGUCCUCUUGCAGAAGCCAUCAGCUAUGGAGACAGACAAAUGAUUACAGCACUCCUAAGGAAGCUGAAACAGCAGUCCAGGGAAAGUGUUGAAGAAAAGCGACCUCGAUUAUUAAAAGCCCUGAAAGAGCUAGGUGACUUCUAUCUAGAACUUCACUGGGAUUUUCAAAGUUGGGUGCCUUUACUUUCCCGAAUUCUGCCUUCCGAUGCGUGUAAAAUAUACAAACAAGGUAUAAAUAUCAGGCUUGACACAACUCUCAUAGACUUUACUGACAUGAAGUGCCAACGAGGGGAUUUAAGCUUCAUUUUCAAUGGUGAUGCAGCACCCUCUGAAUCUUUUGUAGUUUUAGACAACGAACAAAAAGUUUAUCAGCGAAUACAUCAUGAGGAAUCUGAGAUGGAAACGGAGGAAGAAGUUGACAUUUUAAUGAGCAGUGAUAUUUAUUCAGCAACAUUAUCAACCAAAUCAAUUACCUUCACGCGUGCCCAAACAGGAUGGCUUUUCAGAGAAGACAAAACAGAAAGAGUAGGAAACUUCUUGGCAGACUUCUACUUGGUCAAUGGACUUGUUUUAGAAUCUAGGAAAAGAAGAGAACAUCUCAGUGAGGAAGAUAUUCUUCGAAAUAAGGCCAUCAUGGAAAGCCUGAGUAAAGGUGGUAACUUGAUGGAACAAAAUUUUGAGCCUGUCAGACGACAGUCCCUUACUCCACCUCCACCCAACACAAUUACGUGGGAAGAAUACAUAUCUGCUGAAAAUGGAAAAGCUCCUCACCUGGGUAGAGAGCUGGUCUGCAAAGAAAGCAAGAAAACAUUUAAAGCCACAAUAGCCAUGAGCCAGGAAUUUCCCUUGGGAAUUGAAUCAUUAUUGAAUGUUUUAGAAGUAAUUGCACCCUUCAAGCACUUUAACAAACUUAGAGAAUUUGUUCAGAUGAAGCUUCCACCAGGCUUUCCUGUAAAGCUAGACAUACCUGUGUUUCCCACCAUCACGGCCACUGUGACGUUUCAGGAGUUUCGCUAUGAUGAGUUUGACGAAUCCAUCUUCACUAUUCCUGAUGACUAUAAGGAGGACCCCAGCCGUUUUCCUGAUCUCUAAUUUAACUGGAAAGUUAAUAACAAUACCAGCAUACCACAGUGAAAGCAAGUGGAUGCAAAUAGCCCACAGAUAUAGUUAUAGAUGUGGGUCAAAAUGGAAGGGAUAAACUUUUUUUAAAUGAUCCAGAAGAAAAGGGAACACACACAUGACUGAUGUACUGAAAUUCACUAUAAUGGGCAUCUAAUCUAGUAUCUGAAUUACAGCAAAUCUCCUGAUGUGUCAUUUACACUUUUAUACAUACAGUGCUGCGAGUGAGAGAGUUUGAC